GACAAAUAUACUGGUUCAAGGCACCUUAAAUUUAUGUCUAUAUAAACCAAACAUGCAAUGAUCCACUCAAUGAAGUUGAUUGGAAAUCCAAAAAGAAGAUGUCAAUAAUUCUCAUAAUAAUCUUCACUCUUUUCAUAGCUCUCCUCUUCUCGAAACUCAUUAGAACAAGAAGAGAAAACUGUCCAAAAAAUCUACCCAAAGGGUCUCUUGGAUGGCCUAUCCUAGGAGAAAUGUUGAGUUUUCUUCAAGCUCAAAGGAAAGACCAAGGGCCCGAGUGGAUCAAAGAAAGAGUAGAUAAGUAUGGGAAAGUAUUCAAGACAUCGAUAAUGGGAAGCAAGACAGUGGUCUUUGUUGGCCUCGCCGGUAAUAAAUUUGUACUCGGCUCAGAUGAAAGUAUCCUCGUCGGUAAUCCACCAAAGACAGUGGUUACCAUGAUCGGCAAAUUCAACCUUUUUGGUCUCUCGGGGUCAAGGUAUAGGUUAGUAAAAAGUGCAAUGUUGAGCUUCUUGAAGCUAGAGAACGUUCAAAACUAUGUCGGACGCAUGGAUGAUCGAGUCACUUCAUUGUUACUCAACGAAACAAAAGACACCAACACCUUUAAAAUCGUGCAUUUCAUGAAAAAACUCACGUUUGAUCUUUCAUGCACCAUUCUCUUCGAUCUCCACGACGAGCCCACGAAGAAGGCAUUCCUCGAUGACCUCAAAGUCAUAUUCGAGGCUGUUUGGUCUAUUCCAGUGAACUUUCCUGGAACGCUUUAUAGGAGAGGCUUGCAAGCGAGAUCAAGGGUCCUUAAACGACUUCUUCCCAUCAUUACAAAGCGUAAGGAGGAUAUUGCCAAGGGAGCUCGUUGCCCUUCGAGUGACUUGUUAUCGUCAUUUUUAGCUUUGAGAGAUGAGGACGCAAAGCCACUUAGUGAUGAGGUGAUUAUGGACAACUUUAUUACAAUGACAAUAGCUAGCCAUGACACCAGUGCAAUUCUUUUGAGCCUCUUGGUCUUGAAGAUGUCAAGAGACAAGGAUAUCUACCAAAAAAUACUACAAGAGCAAAUGGAAGUUAAGAAAGGUAAAGAAGUUAAAGGCGAGGAUAAACUAACAUGGGCAGAUACACAAAAGAUGAAGUAUACUUGGAGAGUUGCUCAAGAGUUGAUGAGAAUAAUCCCUCCCGUGUUUGGUAACUUUAGAACUGCUAGUAAAGACAUAUGUUUCGAUGGUUUCGACAUCCCAAAAGGGUGGCAGGUUAUGUGGCUUUCAUGUGCCACACAUAUGGACGAGAAUAUCUUCCAUAAUCCUAAGGAGUUCGACCCUAGUCGUUUUGACAAUCCAUCAAGAGUAAUCCCACCUUAUGCAUACAUUCCAUUUGGAGGAGGAAUGCACACUUGUAUAGGAAACGAGUUUGCGAAAGUUGAGACACUUAUAACAAUCCACAAGUUGGUGACAAUGUUUGAGUGGUCCACGAUUCACCCAAAUGAAGGACUCACUCGUCGACCCAUGCCAUACCCCUCGAUGGGCCUUCCGGUCAAGAUUAGAUCAAGAACUCCUCAAUAAAUAACCAAAUAUAU